UUAAUGCGGUGGACUCUCACGAUCGACGUCAUGAUCAACACAAUCAACGUCCGAGAUCUUCUCAUCUCGCCGGAAUCCCCCUCCUCGCCGCUCUCGGCGCCGGACCUCCGCCUCCUCAUCUCCCGCCUCGAUUCCCACUCCCUCCGGAUCAAAUCCACCGUCCAAUCCUACCUCCUUUCCCACCAUUCCGACUUCUCCGCCCUCUUCUCGCGCUGCUCCGACGUCGUUUCGAAAUCCGAGAAUCUCGCCGGAGACGUCGCCGCGCUGUGCGAUCAGCCGGUGGAGGCGGAUGUGGGGAGGAUCGUGAAGGAGAUUGUGGAAAAGAGGCGGGAGGCGCGGGGGAAGAGGGAGAUUGUGGAGUUUUUGGGGGUAAUUUUGGAAUUGGAUCGGAAAUUGGGGGUGGUUAGGGAGGAUGUGAAGAGCGGGAGAGUGGUGGAGGCGGCGGAGGGGCUUAGGGAGCUGAAAGCAGCUCUUGGAGUGAAGGGCGGUGGCGAUUCUCACACGGCGGAGGAAGGUGAGCCGGCGGUUUAUGCGAUUUUCAGAAAACAGUGGGUGGAUUGCUUCGAGGAGAUUCAAGAGCUACUUUUGAGGUUUAUGGAGAAUGCCGUGCGGUUCGAUCAGGAUGCCAAUGCGGUUUAUGUGAAGUAUCAGAUUGAUGGAGUUAAUGGUCUAGAGCUGUCCACUCUAAUGAAUGCUAUGGAUGUUGCUGGGGUUCUUGAUUAUGGGCUUGCUAAAAUUGCAGAUUUGAUCACUAAAUAUGUUUUCACUCCCGUGGUGAGUUGCAAAGCGAUUCCUAUAGUUGAAGAAGGAGAAAACAACCAGGAUCCGGGCCAUGUCAAAGAAGCAGUUCUUAAGAUGUCUCUAUCUGUUGAGUCUGAGGGCAAUAAGGUGGAUGGUAAACUUAUGUACUCCAACAUCGUUCAGAUCAUAGAUUUUUUCAGCAAAUAUUUAUGCUUCAACGAUGGAUCUUGGAUGCGCUGUUUUGGACGAUUGACUUGGCCAAGGAUGUCAGAUAUGAUUAUUUCAAAUUUCCUUGUCAAGGUUGUUCCCGAUGAUGCUUCGAAGCUACCUGAGUUUCAGCAGAUCAGGAAACUCACAAUUGAUUUUGAGACAGCGUUGAAGGAACUUAAGUUCAUAUCUUCAUCGAAUGAUAAAGAUCAUAAGCUGAGUAAUUUUGCUGACAAUGUUGAAGUGCACUUUGCAUCGAGAAAGAAAGCUCAAAUUUUGGCUAGGGCCAGAAAUAUGCUUCUGCAAUCUGAUUUCAGUCUUCCUCAAGACUAUAAUACGAGAACAUUGGGCGCCAGAAAAGAAGAGAGUGCUGACUCCAACCGCGUUAUUUUGCUGUUUUCAUCUGAGGAAUGCGUGGUGUCUGUAUCAGCUAAAGAACUCAUGGAGCUUGUGCAUCAAACCCUAAAGGACGUGUGCUUAUCACCUCCAAAAGUGGCAUUGGAAUUCUACCAUGCGGCUAGAAAUGCUCUAGUUCUUUACGAAGCGAUCAUCCCUGUGAAGCUUCAAAGCCAGCUCGAUUCCAUUACCCAGGCGGCUGUUCUCAUGCACAAUGACUGUCUUUACCUAUCUCAGGAGAUUCUUGGGCUUGCAUUUCAGUAUCGCCCGUACUUUCCUAGUUCUGUUAAGGAGCUUGCUGUAUUUAUUGAUUUGGCUCCCAAAUUUCUACUCCUGGCUGAAGAAGUUUUGCAGCGUCAAGUUCAGCUUGUUAAGUCCAACUUAAAACAGGCUAUCGAUGGAGCCAAUGGAUUUCAAAACACCCACAAAGUGAAACAGUUUGAAUCUGCCAAAUUUUGCAUCGAUCAGAUCGUGUUUGUGAUCGAGAAAGUGCACAUAAUCUGGGAACCUUUGUUACUUCCUUCCGUAUAUGAGAAGAGCAUGACCAUGAUUCUCGAGUCAGUCUUUACUAGACUUGCGAAAGAGAUACUUCUUAUAGAUGACAUGGCUGCUGAAGAAACAUUGCAGCUUCAAAGACUGAUCCAGCUUCUGUUCGAGCAUCUCUCCUCUUUACUCGAGCCCAUGUUGGCCGUGGACGAGAGAGAGAAGUCACAAGAGGCUCAAAAGGACAUGGAUAAUCUUAUAUCAUCCAUCCGGAAGCUGAGAAAGUUGGCCGGUGAAAUUUUUUUUCGAUUACUGUACCAUAUUUCCAUUAUAACUGCAUUUCUCAGCAACUUUAUCUUACUCUAUUUCCUGCACAUUCCCUUAGAACUCUUGGACAUGCCUUUGAAGUCUAUCACCGAUGCCUGGGAGAGCGGUGAACUCGCUGAUUGCAACUUCGAAGCAUCAGAGGUCCAGGAUUUUAUCCGAGCCAUAUUCACAGACUCACCUCUGAGAAGAGAAUGCUUGUUUAGAAUAGAAAACACAUACUUCGGAUGAAAGAAGAAAAGCGGCGUGAUUAAUGGAACCACCGAAGAUUUGAAGAAUCGAUGGAAUGACCUCAGAACCUGUGGGAGUCGGAGGUGAAACGAGCACUACAAAAACGACGGAAAAUGUGAGAGCAGAGGCUUGUUCAAGAGUUAGUUUACUACUGCCAUUAACCUCUGCUAAUGGUGUUCAUUUCUCAGUUUACUCAUUUUGAGAUUAUUACUUUUAGCCCAUAGCUUUAGGUUAUUUAAAGAUAACAUUUUUUUAGUAUAUUCAGUGAUACAUCUAUGAAAAUUUAUACUUAGAAAACAUUUU